AGUCGCUUUCGAGGAGCUUUGUGGGGCAGGUGUGUUCAGGUGGUUUUUGCUCUCCAAGCUCCACCGGUUCCAGCUCCAGUUCCAUUUCGCAUUUUGCAUUUUGGAUUUCGCAUUUCCCAACUGUGUGUGCCUUAAACUGUUUUUUCAUCAACAACAACAACAGAAACGUCGUCGUUUUUUCCGUCGGUUUUAUUGGGUUUUUCUCGAUACUUUUCCACUACCCACUCAGACUUUUUUGCGAGACGCGUGUGCAACAGGAAAAGCAGGACGAAAACAAAAAAAAAGACAGACACAUCGGCUAGAUUUUUGCUAGCCUAGCCACAAAUUUGCAAACACCACCCCUCGGGAUUCCUAUGCAAAUGCAGUUGUGUCGGUUGUCCACCCCGGAAAAACUUGUGUUCUUGAAUUGCAAAAGUGAUUUUUAAUUGUUUUGACUUCUUGGCUUAAAGAGUGAGAUAGAGUUGAGGGAAGCGAGAAAAAACAAAGCUGAGUAUGUCAAUGCCAUUGGCCCAAGUGCGCGUGCAUUGCUAAAGGAUUUUCCCUCAGUCUUUGAUUUCUCUGGACUACGGAUAUUAACAAAGUCUAGUUUAAUGACGUCACUGCUGGAGAUUAUCAUGCGAUCGAAAGCGAUUGCCAGGAAAUUUAAUCAGGGUGAGCUCCGGAGGCGACGACUUCGAUCCAAGUGCAAGUGUAGCGCGCCACCAUCAUCACCUCCAUCACCUGGAUCUGAGUGCCAGGAGUCAGGGCUUCAAUCCACUGUCUGAACAAAUCGAGGAUUCAUUCGCCGCCCGCCAUCACUUACCGCAGCAGGAGCCCGUGGAAGGAUCUCCGCCGAGGCGGGAUCAUCUUGAUAUACAGGAUCAGGAGCUACUUCACCAUCCCAAUCAUUUCCACCAGCAGAACCAGCGACAACAGCCACCGCCUCCCACGUUGCCGCUGUCCGUGGAAUCCUCCUCCGCCGCAGCCGCCUCCGUCGACGGCAUGGAUGCCUUCUUCAAGGACCGCGCCCAGGCGGAGCACAUCCUGCAGGAGUGGGUGCGUAGGCGCGAACCAGUCUGUGAGCUGGACAUCCGUGAUAGUGGUGGCGUCUACGCCAAGACGCCGCUCCAGAGGGGCACUCGCUACGGACCCUUUCCCAUGAAGCUCAGCCACCAACCCAACGAUCCUCAGCUGGCCUGGAAGGCCCAUAGUAGACACUAUAAUGGAUGGCUAGAGCCCACAGAAGAUGUGUCCACGUGGUUGAAAAAAAUCCGAAGCGUUCAGGACGAUUGUAUAGGCGAGGCUAAUUUACAGAGUUACAUUAAUGCUGGUUAUCUGUGGUACGAGACGAAUCGGUACGUGAAUGCUGGCAGUGAAAUGGUCGUCGACGGGCGACCCAAGAGUCCUGUUCAACUGAACGAGGACUUCAUGAACGGCGGCAAGGUCCUGGCAGCAGCCGCAGCAGCAGCCGCCGCAGUGGUGGCCGCCUCCUCCUCGGGAGCAAAAAGCGGCGGUGGGGGCAGCUCCGCGCCCAGCGAUGAUCGCAGCGAUCGUGAUAAUGGUUCUCUGUACAGUGGUGACGAAUUCUCCAAAGAUAAGAAAAACUCCUCGUUAAUCAGAGAGGGCGACAUCGAUUUCACAGACGACGAAAACGGUUUCGAUAUACGCUGUGAGGUCUGUGAUAAAGUCUAUCCGGAUUUAGAUCUCUUGGACGAUCAUCUGAUAGGCGCUCACCAUUUCAAGCAGGACGAAUUUCCGUGCAAGCAAUGCGCUCUGCGAUUUUGCCAUCGUCCUUUGCUAAUUAAACACGAAGCUAUCUCCCACAAUAACAUACGCAAAUAUUCCUGCGAAAAUUGCAGCAAGGUAUUUUGUGACCCCUCGAAUCUACAGCGGCAUAUUCGCGCCUACCACGUCGGAGCUCGCUGUCAUCCGUGUCCGGAGUGCGGGAAAACGUUCGGAACCUCGUCGGGCCUGAAGCAGCACCAGCACAUCCACAGCUCCGUGAAGCCCUUCGCCUGCGAGGUGUGCUCCAAGGCGUAUACGCAAUUCUCGAAUCUGUGCCGUCACAAGCGGAUGCACGCCACCUGUCGGAUGCAGAUCAAGUGCGACAAGUGCAACCAGAGCUUCAGCACGUUGACCUCCCUGACCAAGCACAAAAAGUUCUGUGAUUCAACGGGUCCGGGUCCGUAUCGAAACCAGCACGUGAAUCGCCACCAUCAGCAUCCGCACCAGCACCCACUUCCGCAUCAGCCCCACCUGGCCGCCACUGCCACAUCCACCUGUCCAGCGCCACCAAGAGAAUCUUCGGAGUCCUCGUCCUCAGCAGCAGCUGCCGCCGUUGCCGCCAUGUCGACGCCACCGAAUCCUUUCCUAAUGUUCCGCACUGCGCCGUCUUUCUUUCCCGGAUUUCCGCCUUACGGAUUUCCCCCCUUUCUACCACAAAAUCCGCUGCAUCCUACGAACAUUCCGAUGUUUUUCUCGAAAAAUCCCAUGGAUUUGGGUUGCGGUGGUCCGGAGAUCACUUCUCCCGUUUCCGCCUUUGAUCAGAAACUACCAUUUGGCUUUCUAAAGGGUGAGAACAGUGAAUCGCAGGCCUAUGACAAAGUUACGGAGAAGGAGUUGGUCUUCAAGGCGGAAGAAAAACUGAAGAAAGAGCCACUUGUGCAGGCAUUCGAAGGCGAAGAGGACGAGAGCCGGAGUUCCCUGGACAUUAAGGGUAAAUUGGAGGACACCAGAAACGACUCCAAAUCUGAGGAGCAGGACGAUAUGAAGCAGGAACCCGAAAGGGUUAGCACUCCCGAUCAACAGCAGGCCGAGGAUGAUAGGAAAUCCAUUGACAUCAUGAGCACACCACCGCCCGCAGACACACCCUCUGGAGGAGAUGGACCGUUGGACCUUUCCAUCUGCCGCAAACGCUCGGCUGGAUCAUUCUUUACCGCACCGGCAGAGGACAACCUUAUGCUCCAUAGGUUUAUGCCCAGAUUACACGAAUUCGAAGCCGAAAGGGGGCAGCCGCUGAAAAUGCGCAAAUCACACAGCUCGGCGGAGUCGUCCACCUCGCAGAAGUCGCACAAGGGCAGCAGUCCCACGCCCACGCCCACCGCCUCGCCCGGCCUCACUCCUUCGCCGUCGCCACCCACAAGUGCGGGCGGUGAGCUGAGCAGCACGUCCGAGGGCGGAGCGGUACCGACAAUGGCGGCAGCAGCGUUCGCAGCGGACCACAGCGCUCUGGCAUCGGGGCCAACGCUUCCGCAGACUCAUCCCACCUUCCAUCCGCUGUUGCUGGAGGAGAUCUACCGCUCGGGGUUUCCUUUUUUAUGCCAACCGGGCGGACGGCGCGGCAUUGAGGCGCUGCUGGCGGGAGCCGCCAGUGCAGCUGCCCCAAAGCGGCCGCUUCCGCCCGUGAAGUUCUCAGCGGGCAGUGUGGUGGGACUCAAGACGAAGGAUCGCUACAGCUGCAAGUUCUGCGGCAAGGUGUUCCCCAGAUCGGCCAAUCUGACGAGGCAUUUGAGGACGCACACGGGCGAGCAGCCGUAUCCCUGCAAGUACUGCGAUCGGGCAUUCAGUAUAUCCUCGAACCUGCAGCGCCAUGUGAGGAACAUCCACAACAAGGAGCGUCCUUUUCGCUGCGAGCUCUGCGAUAGAUCCUUUGGCCAGCAGACGAAUCUCGAUCGGCACGUAAAGAAGCACGAGUCGGAGGGCAACAAUUUCCGGGAUUCGCCCAGUUCCAGUGGCAUUGCCGAAAGGGAGGAGUACUUCGAUGACAUAAGGAAGUUCAUGAACCGAGUCUACACGCCCAACAGUCUGGCCGGCAAUGAGGGCGAUACCGAGGAGUAUCCCAAUAGCGACGAUCAGUCCGUCAAUCUGGAAAAGGACAGUGGCAACUUCAACAACAACAGCAGCAACAUCAGCAACAACAACAGCAGCAGCGGCAACAACAACAACAGCUCCAAGGCCAUUACAAUAAGCUCUUAGGAAUCGUAAGAGAUUAGAGAGCUUGCUUUCCUCGUUGUUAAAUGAUAAACUUACUUUAACUCUUACUUAAGCGUGCCUCCGAGAGGGAAAAUCUAUUAUUAAGUAGUUACCAUUUCGACACAACAUGUACUAAACGAAACUCUAAAAAUUAGCUAUGCAAUCAAUGGAAAAAGACGGUGAAGCAUCAAACAUUUAACUAAAAUACAAACCAAUAAAUACAACUUAAAGGCAAAAACUUUAUAAACAACUUACUAUACAUACUUAAACCCACUCUAAAACCACCUUAAAAAUGUAGCUAAUUUAAACAAGUGUACAUAGACAUAUGAAAGUCUUAACUUACUGGGUCGAUUUCAACUACUUUGAAACUCUGUGAAUUAUAUACAUAUAAAUAUAUGGAUAUAUGUAUAUGGAUAUAUUGAUUGUGUACGUGUAUAGGCUUUAUAUGUAUACAUACAUCUUUAUGUGUAAAUCGAUUUGUAACGUAUGCCGUAAGUUUAACAUAUUUAUAGAGCUAAUUACUGCAAUUCUCAACAACAAAAAAAAAAAACAGAAAAACAAAAUCAAUUUUAUAACAUUUACUUAACGUUUAAUUAUAUUAUUAUUAUUAUUAUUAUAUAUAU